AUGAAGCUUAUCUAAUUCAUGGAUCUUGUAGAAGAAUACCUGAAAAUCACUCUAGUAUCUUAGUAAGAAAUUUACUUGAGGAUGGAGAUAGGUACCUGGUAGAUGUAUGUUUGGGUUACAAAAACAUGCCUUUAAAAAUUGAUUUUGAAUAAAAAAGUGAACUGCAGUGCUAUUCAUUUGCUUCAUAUUAUUAUGAAUGGGAGGAUGAGACCAAAUAAGUCUUAAAUAGAAUUGAUUUACAUAGCACUUUUUUUUGUUGCUUCACAUUUUAGGUUUUUAAAGACUAUGAAGAUAUGCUUGCUUAUUAAGGAGAUGUGUACACAAAUAUCAAUAAAUCGCCUUACCAUACUUCAUUUAGAAUGA